AUUAAAUACAAGAAUUAAUAUACGACGAUAGUUUUCACAUUUAAAAUGGCCAAAUUGGAAAUGCUUCAAACUUUAACUGGUCAUAAAGGAAUUGUUUGGAAUGCUUCUUGGCACCCUCUUGGAAAAAUAUUUGCAUCAUGUGGUGAAGAUAAAAUAAUAAAGUUAUGGAACAAAGAAGGAGAAAAAUGGGUUAUGAAAACUGUUCUAGUAGAUGGGCAUCAGCGCACAAUUAGAGAAGUAGCCUGGUCUCCAUGUGGAAAUUUUUUGGCUUCUGCGAGUUUUGAUGGAACCACAGCUAUAUGGGACAAAAAGAGUGGUCAAUUUGAAUGCAAUGCUACUCUAGAAGGACAUGAGAAUGAAGUUAAGAGUGUAGCAUGGUCCCCAUCCGGUCAACUUCUAGCUACAUGUGGUCGUGAUAAAUCAGUAUGGGUUUGGGAAGUUGCUGGAGAUGAUGAAUAUGUGUGUGAAGCAGUUCUCAAUGCCCACAAUCAAGAUGUCAAGAAAGUAGCAUGGCAUCCUUCCUCAGACAUUUUGGCCUCUGCCUCAUAUGAUAACACAGUCAAACUGUACAAGGAAGAUCAAUUGGAUAGUGAUUGGACCUGUAUGGCCACCUUGCACUCACAUGAGUCGACAGUAUGGGGUCUGGCAUUUGAUAAGACUGGUAAAAGAUUAGCAACAUGCAGUGAUGACAAAACUGUAAAAAUUUGGCAAGAAUAUAACCCUGAUAAUCAGGAGGGUGUUAUUGUUACUGAUAGAGAUGCAAUAUGGAAGUGUGUUUGCACCCUCUCAGGAUAUCACACCAGAUGCAUUUAUGAUAUAACUUGGUGUCACACAUCUGGCCUGAUUGCUACUGCUAGCGGUGAUGAUAUUAUAAGAGUAUUCAAGGAAGCAGAUAACUCAGAUCCUAAUGCACCAGAAUUUGACUUAAUUUGUACCAAGCUCAAUGCUCAUUCACAAGAUGUUAACUGUGUUCAAUGGAAUCCUUCCGGAAACCAGGAAUUAAUAUCUUGCAGUGAUGAUGGUGAAAUCAAAAUAUGGAAAUUGAUUGAAGACUAAACAAAUGGUGGAUUGAUUAAACAAAAUGAAGAAAAAAUGUGUACAAUGUUAUUUCUUCAAUAAUGUUAUGAAGAUAUCAUAAUUUUUUUGUUAAUAUGUAAAUAAAAAUAAUAAAAGCACUAUAUCUUUA